ACAAGCAAAAACUCCUCAGUAUCUGCCUUCUCUCUGCAUCUCGACACCAAUCUAUUGCGCAAACGCUUUAUCAACGGCUCGACCCCGACCAGCCAGUCGACAAGAAUGUCGCCCACGCACUCCGUCACCUACACCGACAAGAAGAACGGCAUCAUGCUGCACGAGCUCAAGAAGAGGCGGAGCGACAGCGACUACAGCCAAUCCGGGCUCACCUCCGCCAAGAAGGAGGUGUACCCGUUGAAGAUACGCAGCGCGGAGGACUGCGCGCUGGCCAACUACUCUAAUCUGUACAAGAGGGCCUCGUCCAGGGAUAGUACGGACCUGGAGUCGGAGUGCGAGCAGUACUGCAACCACCGCAAAGGCCUCAGCUACAAGAACGAGGAGAAAUCGCAGCUGAUCUGCUACAAGAACAAUGCCAAGAUGGUGACGAUCAAGAACGACACCAAACUGACUAAAUAUAACACGUUUUCGAUGAGGUGCGACAAGAAGGACAACCGUCUGACAAAAUACAAAUCUCUAGACCUGCCGGAGAGCAGGACUGUAGUCAGAUAUGUCGACCCGAAGAGCAGGGUAUCCUUGGCCGCCAGCGAGUUCGAUACUGACUUCAAAAUGACUAAAUACCGAAAGAAGCACGAUAUCAUAGCCGAUACGGUGGACGCUUGGUCAAAGAAAAACGGAAAAAACGUGUUCGCCAACUUGAAGAAUUCCCUUUUUAAAAGCAGCUCGGACAAAGAAAUCGUUUACAAGCCUCUAAUAUUCGGGGGUACCUUCCCGAUUGACAUUCCAACGAAAGGGGUGGGUAAAACUGAUAAGGGCAGUUUUGACAGGAACAAUAACAGUCCCCUGAGUCAGUCCCCGAAGGUCAGGGAGUACGGACCUGCAAAGACCUUCGAUAUUGAUCAACCGAUUUAAGUGGGGGAGUUCAGACUUAGCAGAGCUGGGCUUGUAUGCUCAAGUACUCAUAAGUAUCUGUAAUUAGUACCUUUGCAAUGGUUAAAUACUCGUAACUAGAAUAUUUAAAGCUUGUGCAAAUGAGUUUGAGCACUUCCAAUAGAAAGGCUACAAAUAUUUUAAAAAAAUCCAUAUGUAAUUCUAAGUAAUUCCCAGAAUUAUCACAAAAAAUUUUGCCUUAUCUAAUCAACAAGAGUUUAUGACUUUCGUUACAUCCAGUACUGAAAUAUACACUAUUUGGUGUAGUGGUACCAGCUUAAAUUUUUUAGAAUUGAAGGGACAUCCCAAGUACUUGAAUACUUCCAAUUUCACAAAGUAUCAGAAAUACUUUGAGUACUAAAACACACAAGUAAUCUCUCUAAGUACUUUAGGUACUCAAGUUCAAUUUGGUGAAGUACUGCCCAGCUGUGAACUUCAGAUCUUUAAAGAGAAUAAGUACUUCAAAUAAUAUGUUUCAACUCCUUAACACCCCAUAAAGCAGUACUAAUGUAUAGACAUACUACUGAAGAAUACCGAAAAUUCAAAUUUAUUUACAUAACAGAAGUUCAAAUCCUCAUGCACCUCAUCAAAGUAGUACUGACAUUGUUCAAAAGUGUAUACUAUUAGGUAUAGCAGUACUAACUUUAGUUAUCAAAGGUGAAAAUAUUUCCCAAGUACUUGCACACCUUCAAAUCUACGUUAUAUAAAAAUUGGAGUGCUGAAAUAUACUAAUCUCCCUAAGAACUUAAAGUACUCAUGUUCAAUUCACUGAAGUACUGCCCAGCUCUGAACUGUAGAUCCUUAAAAUAGCGAUUACUUAGAUUGCAAAUGUUUGAAACGCUUUAAAGCUGUGAGGGAUUCUCUACAUUUAUGUGAUGCAUUGUAACUACUAAAGAUCUGAUGUUGCUGUCAAAGAUAUUUGGCAAGAACAGUGAUACGAAAUUUAUACCUUUAGUUUGUAACACAUUGCACUUGGAAGACUAAUUUUAACUGGAUAACCUCAGGAUGGUAUUGCAUCUCUAGACAUUAUGGUUGCAGAGGCUGAUUACUUGCAAUGAAAGGUCCUAAUUUUAUUGAGAGUUGACGAGGUUGCAGAUAUCAAUGAUAAAACAAUCAAAAAUUGGAUACUAAAGACGGAUAUAUUUUUGUAACGUUUUAUGUACAACUGUUCCAUUCGUACGUCUUGUCAUGAUGAGAAUUCUGGUUUACAAGAAAUUAUUUAAUAUUGAGCACUUCAACAUUUAACGACAUUUCAAAAGUCACCAGUAUCAACUUGAAAGCUGUCAAAAUAUGAAAGGUUAAGUUGACUGCGUUGUUAUUUUGUUGUUACAUUCCAAUAAUUGUUAAUUUGAGAGUCAUGAUCAAGAUACAUUCAUAGUAAUAUUUCUUGUAAAUCAGAAGUACAAUAUAUCUGGUCAAUGGAAUUCGCGAUUCUAAAUUUUUGUAAAGAAUAUAUGUAUGUGUGGUCAAUGGUUGCUUGUAGUUUAGAUCUAGUUCAUAGAAUUUAUACAGAUAUGAUGGAUAAUUUUUAUGGUUGUGAAAGGAUUGUUUUCAUAUUUUAUUUCAAUUCAUAUGCAUCCUAACUUCUCUUUCCAAUUAAUUGCAGUAACUCCUCAACUUAAAAUGUUAGAGAAAAUAUUGCCAAUUUUAGAGAAAUCAUGACAAAGAACUGUCAUAGACUCUAUGGAUAUUUCUUCUUCUGUUUCUGGACGGCCUUUUCUAACGAAAAGCUAAAUACCGUCUGUAAUAGUACUUUAUCAAACCAAAUAAGUGGGGUUAUCAUACCCUUUCUAGAGUUAUACAGGGUGUUCUGAAUUUCUAGAGAAUUGGGUCUAUUUGAAUUCUAAAAAUUGGGAUUAUGAUAUUAAUUGAUAUUUUCUACUGAGCUAAACUUUUUCAGUAUGGUUAUACAAAGAAUAUCAAAUAAUACCAUAAUCCGAAUUUGCAGAAUUCAAAUAGUCCCAGUUCUCCAGAAUAGCCAUUCGAACUUGGGACACCCUGUAUAGAUGGUCUCUUCCGUUUCUCUUCUAGACAAGCGAUGAAGUUGACGAAAAAAAUCUAUCUAUUUUUCUCCUUCGUAUGAAUUGAAAGGAAAUAUUGAUGCCAACUGGAGAUUCCGAUUAGAAAUAAAAAAAAAAUUGUUCCAUAAAAUAAGAGAAGUUGUUAUUGUUGUUGAUGCACUUGUUUGAAAUCGAUAGUAUAGAAACGAAAGCUGCUAAAGCCUGGUUCACGCAGUGCGUAUUUCUGAGGCGGCGAUUUGGAGACCUGCCUGUUUUUCAUAAAAAAAAUUUUUUUUUGGAUUCCGGAUUGGUUAUAGCAGCUUUUCCGUUUCGAUGGAAUUUCAGAACUUGAUGUGAUAGACUAACUAAUUGUUGUUCAUGUUUAUGUAGGUUACGACUAUACAUUUCUCACCUUGAAAAACACCAGUUUUUUAUAGUAAAGAAUGAUGCAUUCAGCGUUAAAGACAUAAUAACGAAAUACCAGCCUCUGUUUAUAACGGGUUUUCCAAUAUUAAAAUGCUUACAAUGGUAACCCUCACUGUAUUUUUUUACAUUUCUUCUGUCAUUUGUGCUCGGUAGGUUAUGUUCAUUGAUUAUGGAAAGAUACACGUUUAGACAACGUUUAGAAACUUGUGAAUGAAAUGUAGGGAGAACUCUUAGACAAUUCUGUUGAUAUGAAAGUAUAUCAAGUAUGGUUCAGUACUGGUUACAGAAAAUUCACUUUCAAAUUUGUAUACAAUACGAUGAAUAGGGAGUCGAUCAACUGAAUAAUUACGUCUAAGAAUUCUUCUUAAAUUUCUUUCAGAAAAUCUAAACGUUGUCAAAGCGUGUAUCUUUCUAUGAUGAAAUAACUAAACCUACUGAAACAAAUGACAUAAGAAAUGUCAAAAAAUAACACAGUGCUGCCAUUAUAACCAUUCAAAAUUGUGUCGUUUCUAUUGGAAAACCGUAUAAAAGAAUGUUUUCACAGAAAUGUAGUAGUACUUCCAUUGAAUAUUGAAAAAACUGGUUGAUUUUUCGAAGUACCGUUGACAGUUAGAUGUGUUGAGAUGCAUAGAACUUAUUGAAUGUAAAAUCGUUUAUUUUUUUUAUACGAGCUUUUAUUGUAUAUCAGUUAUUUUCAAUAAAAUGUAAAAUGAUUGUCUUGAAAA